AGCAAGCAGACGAAAACGAGUAAAGACAGACAAUGGAGAGAAUACGAUUUGGAAACAAAGCUCCCCAUAGACAAAUAAUCAAUUUCAUGACGCACCUAAGAUCGGAUAGCUUCCGGUCCUGAUAAGAGGAAGCCCGGAGGCUGGAGGCUGGAUGCUGGAGCUAUUUCUCAGCUUUUAAUGCAACACUGCAGCAGUUUACCAGCCGUGGGCCCGUCGCCCAUGAAUUCAUGAUGCCUAGUACUACCAGUAGUCCAGCCCAGCUAUAAAUCAUCAAUUUUCUUUUUCUCUAUUUCAACCUCAGCUACCAAGACACGAACGGCAUAUUGAAGCAAGUUGCAACCAACCACACCCCCCUUGUCAUACAAUCCUACGUCAUGGAGGAAGAACACAUCAUCGCCCCAGAUGUGUGCUAUCACGAAAUGCCUGCAUUCGCCAUCCCGCACCGUCUGACGACCUACUCCAAUCUCGCGGACGAGUGUAAGGACGCCCACGAAAUCAGCAACCGUCUCAAAGACGCCACCAUCAUCGUAACGUCCUCCGUGCCCAUCUCCGCAUCGACGAUUGCCCGCUGUCCGCAUCUCAAGCUCAUUGUGCUCUCGUCCGUCGGCUACGACCAUGUCGACAUCGAGGCCUGCCGCAGCCGAGGAAUCCGCGUAUGCAACACGCCGUCCGCAUACACAGAUGCCGUGGCCGAGCACUGCAUCGCGCUGUAUUUUAGCGUCAAGAGACGCAUUCCGCUGAUGCAUCAGUGGACGCUCGAUGGCAAUUGGGUCAAGGAUCCGACGGGCUGCGGGCCGUUUGAGGGGUACGUGCCCCGGGCGUGUAGACAGGAGGUUUUGGGGGUUGUGGGAUAUGGCGGGAUAGGUAAAGCCAUUGCCAGAAUAGCCACUUCGCUGGGCAUGACCACUCUCAUUGCAGAAAGACGCGAACCCCCUCAUAAUCAUUCUUCGCAUUCGCAAUCACAACAAACGCCAUCCUCCGGCAAUUCAAAACAACCCCGCGCAGGACGUGUUGCAUUUGAAGAAGUCCUGAAAACAUGUACCGUGCUUGCAUUGGCAUGUCCGUUGGACGACUCCACGCGGAACACGCUGACCGAACGGGAACUAUCAAUGAUGCAGCCUCAUGCAAUCAUCAUCAACGUUGCGCGCGGCGGGGUCGUUAAUGAGGCCGAUAUUGCAAAGGCGUUGCAGAUGAGGAGAAUUGCGGGGUAUGCAACGGAUGUGUUUUCCAAGGAGCCGGCGUCGUCGUCGUCAGAGGAUCCCAAUCCGCUCUUGGCGGGGACAGCAGGGACAGCAGGGACGGUGCCCAAUAUAGUCCUCUCGCCGCAUGUGGCGUGGUAUAGUCAGAGUAGCGUCAAGAAUAUGCGCGCCACGAUAAAAGCGAAUGUGGAGGCGUUUGUAGCGGGGAGUCCGAUUAAUGUUGUGUAAUUAUAAGUACGUGAAGUUUAGGUAGCCGUGGAUGUGUGAUUUGUAUAGUCUUGGGCCUUUGGCUAUGUCAUACAUACC